UUUAGCAAUAUCACACAUUUUGCAAUGGCUCUCCUUCAGCAACUGUUUCUCCCAACAUGCUUGGUCGUAGCAGCUUUGCUGAUAGUUCUCUUGAUGAGCAAGUCUAGGAAAAGAAAGAGCAACCUCCCACCGAGCCCUCCUAAGUUGCCUAUCAUCGGCAAUCUUCACCAGCUUGGCCAAUCGCCACACAUAUCUCUCCAUCGCCUUGCGAGAAAGUACGGGCCAAUCAUGUCCUUGCAGCUCGGCGAAGUCCCGACCAUAGUCAUUUCUUCAGCCGCAAUGGCCAAGGAGGUGAUGAAAACCCAUGACCUAGUGCUCGCGAACCGCCCUCAGAUCUUCUCUGCCAAGCACUUGUUUUAUGACUGCACAGACAUGGGCUUCUCUCCCUAUGGCGCUUAUUGGAGGCACAUAAGGAAAAUCUGCAUGCUCCAAGUGCUUACCGCAAAACGGGUUCAGUCAUUUAGUCAUGCCAGGGAGGAAGAAGUUGCUCGUUUAAUUCAUCGGAUUGCAGAGUCUUUUCCAGGCACCACAAAUCUUUCCAAACUGCUCGGUUUAUAUGCAAAUGACGUUCUAUGCCGGACUGCUUUUGGGAGGGACUUUUCAGCAGGAGGGGAUUAUGAUAAGCAUGGAUUUCAAAAGAUGCUGGAGGAGUAUCAGGAGCUGCUUGGGGGAUUCAGCAUAGGAGAUUUCUUUCCUUCCAUGGAAUUCAUUCAUAGCCUGACCGGGAUGAAAUCUAGACUUCAACACACUUUCAAGCGCUUCGAUAAUCUUUUUGACCAGAUACUGAGAGAACAUUCAAAUGAAAGCAGAACUACGGAGGCGCAGAAAGAUCUAGUGGAUGUUUUGAUCGAUAUCGAGAAGAAUGGUUACGGUGACAUGCCCCUUACAAGAGCCAAUGUUAAAGCCCUCAUCCUGCCCAUCCAUGUUGCAGGAUUUUUUGCAGCAGGAACAGAUACAACAUUCAUCACUCUUGACUGGGCAAUGACAGAGCUUGUCAUGAACCCAAAAGCCAUCGAAAGAGCACAAGCCGAACUACGAAGCGUCGUGGGAGAGAGACAAUACGUGCAAGAGACUGACCUACCUCAAUUACCAUACUUGAAGGCUAUCAUCAAGGAGGUAUUCCGACUGCAUCCUCCUGCUCCUGUGUUAGUCCCAAGAGAAUCCAUGGAGGAAGUAAUAAUUGAUGGAUACUGCAUUCCGGCAAAAACGCGUUUCUUUGUUAAUGCUUGGUCAAUAGGGCGUGAUCCGCAAUCCUGGGUUGAUCCUGAAGUAUUUCUACCAGAAAGGUUUUUGGAUAGCACCAUCGACUUCAAGGGACAGGACUUUGAGCUGAUACCAUUUGGCGCAGGCCGAAGAAGCUGCCCAGGUAUUACAUUUGGAAAUGCCAGUGUAGAGAUUGCUUUAGCUCAACUUCUUCACAGUUUCGAUUGGCAACUUCCUCCUGGUGUCCACCCAAAAGAUUUGGAUAUGGAAGAAGCUUUUGGCAUCACAAUGCAUAGGAUCGAAAACCUUGUUGUCGUCGCCAAACCCUGCUUCUCCUAGACAAAGAUGAACAACAAACAAGCUCGCUGAAAAUCUCCUCUUCGUCUUGGUUUAAUAAUAUCUAAGCUUUUGCUUGUUAUGGAAGCUCCGAAAGGAAAUGAAGCUAGAUGCUAUCUAUCGUUAAAGAAUUAAGCAUAUGCUAUAUGUGCUUGGUCUGCAUCGCUAGGCAGGUACUAUUAGUUUAAGUCAUGAACAGUCGAUGUAUUCUCGGUGUUGAAGCAUUAGCUAGUGGACUUAAUUACCACUAGUUAAUAAGGGGGUGUUAUUUCGACCAAAAAUAAAAUAAGGUGGUGUUAAAUAAGGUA